UCCUCUUCCGGCACUGUUUGCUGGCGUGCCUGUGAACGCCUGUAGUAGUGGUGCUGGUUGCCGGGCAGAGCCGGAGCUGCGGGAAGUUCGCGUCUGUUCUGCGCUAGCCAUGAGGCUGCUGGGAACCGCCGCCGCCGCCGCCGCCGCGGCUCUGGAGAGCCGGCCGCUCCCGCGGGUCCCCACCGCCCUGUGCUGGCAAUGGAAGCAGGCUAAUUGGAAGAUUUGCCGAUGGUGUUCAUCAGGGGUGAUACCUAAUGAGAAGAUACGAAAUAUUGGAAUCUCAGCUCACAUUGAUUCUGGGAAAACUACAUUAACAGAACGAGUGCUUUACUACACUGGCAGAAUUGCAAAAAUGCAUGAGGUAAAAGGUAAAGAUGGAGUUGGUGCUGUCAUGGAUUCCAUGGAACUAGAAAGACAAAGAGGAAUCACUAUUCAGUCAGCGGCCACCUAUACCAUGUGGAAAGAUGUCAAUAUCAACAUUAUAGAUACUCCUGGGCACGUGGACUUCACAAUAGAAGUUGAAAGAGCCCUGAGGGUGCUGGAUGGCGCCAUCCUUGUUCUGUGCGCCGUUGGGGGGGUGCAGUGCCAGACCAUGACUGUUAAUCGUCAGAUGAAGCGCUACAGUGUUCCAUUUCUAACUUUCAUUAACAAACUCGACCGAAUGGGCUCCAACCCAGCCCGGGCCCUGCAGCAAAUGAGGUCUAAACUAAGUCAUAAUGCAGCAUUUGUGCAAUUACCCAUUGGUUUGGAGGGUGAUUUUAAAGGUAUUAUAGAUCUUAUUGAGGAACGAGCCAUCUAUUUUGAUGGAGACUUUGGUCAGGUUGUUCGAUAUGGGGAAAUUCCAGCAGAAUUCAGGGCGGCAGCAGCUGACCACCGGCAGGAGCUGAUUGAAUGUGUUGCUAAUUCAGAUGAGCAACUUGGUGAGAUGUUUCUGGAAGAAAAAAUUCCCUCAAUUUCUGAUUUAAAGCUCGCAAUUCGAAGAGCCACUCUAAAUAGGUCAUUUACUCCUGUCUUUUUGGGAAGCGCCUUGAAGAACAAAGGAGUUCAGCCUCUUUUAGAUGCUGUUUUAGAAUACCUCCCAAAUCCAUCUGAAGUCCAAAAUUAUGCUAUUCUCAAUCAGGAUGACUCACAAGAGAAAACCAAAAUCUUAAUGAACCCCAAAAGAGACAAUUCCCAUCCAUUUGUAGGCCUGGCUUUUAAACUGGAGGCAGGUCGAUUUGGACAGUUAACUUAUGUUCGAAAUUAUCAAGGACAGUUGAAGAAGGGUGAUACCAUCUAUAAUACGAGGACGAGAAAGAAAGUACGGGUGCAACGGCUGGUUCACAUGCAUGCCGACAUGAUGGAGGAUAUUGAGGAAGUGUUUGCCGGAGACAUCUGUGCAUUGUUUGGCAUUGACUGUGCUAGUGGAGACACAUUCACAAACAAAGAUAAUAGUGGCCUUUCUAUGGAGUCAAUUCAUGUUCCUGAUCCUGUCAUUUCAAUAGCAAUGAAGCCUUCUAACAAGAAUGAUCUGGAAAAAUUUUCAAAAGGCAUUGGCAGGUUUACAAGAGAAGAUCCCACAUUUAAAGUCCACUUUGACACUGAGAGCAAAGAGACAAUUGUAUCUGGAAUGGGAGAAUUACACCUGGAAAUCUAUGCUCAGAGGAUGGAAAGAGAAUAUGGCUGUCCUUGUAUCACAGGAAAGCCAAAAGUUGCUUUCAGAGAAACCAUUACGGCCCCUGUCCCGUUUGAGUUUACACAUAAAAAACAAUCAGGUGGUGCAGGCCAGUUUGGAAAAGUGAUAGGUGUACUGGAGCCUCUGGACCCAGAGAACUAUACUAAGUUGGAGUUUUCAGAUGAAACAUUCGGGUCAAAUGUUCCAAAGCAAUUUGUGCCUGCCGUAGAAAAGGGGUUUUUGGAUGCCUGCGAGAAGGGCCCUCUGUCUGGUCACAAGCUCUCUGGGCUCCGGUUUGUCCUGCAAGAUGGAGCGUAUCACAUGGUGGAUUCCAAUGAAAUCUCUUUCAUCCGCGCAGGAGAAGGUGCUCUUAAACAAGCCCUGGCAAAUGCCACAUUAUGUAUUCUUGAACCUAUUAUGUCUGUGGAAGUUGUAGCUCCAAAUGAAUUUCAGGGACCAGUGAUUGCAGGGAUUAACCGGCGCCAUGGAAUAAUCACGGGACAAGAUGGAAUUGAGGACUAUUUUACACUAUAUGCAGAUGUCCCUCUAAAUGAAAUGUUUGGUUAUUCUACUGAACUUAGGUCAUGCACAGAGGGGAAGGGAGAAUAUACAAUGGAGUACUGCAGAUAUCAGCCAUGUUUACCAGCUACACAAGAAGACCUUAUCAAUAAGUAUUUGGAAGCUACAGGUCAACUUCCUGUAAAAAAAGGAAACGCCAAGAACUAACUUUCCUCACUUUGUUGACUAACUUUAACUGUAUCUGCAAGGUUUAGAUAUGUUAAUGGAUUCAUGGAAUAAAUUCAGCCUGAAAAGAAGUAAUUUUAGAAGCCCUUCCUAUUAUAUUCAGGAGCUUCUGUUAUAUCAUAGUUAAUUCUGUGUAUGUCUCAAUGGUUGAUUGGUUUUAUACCUCAAAUAAAAUAUUAUUACUGAAAUAUAUUUAAUAUUUAUUUGAGGGAGGAAGAUACUUAUUUCUGUUAUACUAAAUAAGCUUAGAACAUGUAUAAACGUCCACAUUCUUUCAUAAGAAUUUUCAACAUACAGAAAAGCUGAAAAAAUAGUACAAAGAACAGCCAUAUACCUUCCAUCUAGACUCAACAAUGAACAGUUUUGUCAAGUGUUUAUCGGAUAAUAAUUUGUUUUGUCAUAUUUGCUUUUUCUGUUUGUUGUCCAUCUGUGUUGCAUACUUCCAUCCUUCAAGUUGUUUUGCUGUAUACUUGAAAGUGAAUUGCAUAUAUCAUAACACUUCUUGGAGCAUCACCUUUUUUGUUUCAGAGUGGAUUCCUUUGUGACAACCUGGAUAGCUAGCCCUAGAGGGUAUCAUGCUAAGUGAAAUAAGUCAGAGAAAGACAAAUAGUGUAUGAUUUUACUUAAAUGUGGAGUCUAAAAAGCAAAACAAGUGAACAAACAUAACAAAAUGGAAACAGCCUCACAGAUACAGAGAACAACCCAGUAGAUGGUGGUCAGAGGGGAGGGAGGGGCAGGAGGGGAGAAAUAGGUGAGGGAGAUGAAAAGGUGCAAACUUCAUUAUGAAAUAAAUGAGGCACGGGGAUAAAGUGUUUUCUUAAAAAGAAAUGGAGAACACUUUUCAGAUUUUCUAAUGCUAGCUCAAUUUCUAGCUGUUUUAUAUAGAGCUGAUUGCUUCAAUUUGUGGCUUCUGCAGAUUUUGAACUGCUUGUUUUUAGGAGUAUAAAUGUUACUUUUUUGCAGACCUGUGAGGUAAAAAAAAAAGGCCCUUGCAUAUGCUAUUCUUGUCUAUGUUCAUUUUACUGUUUCUGCAGCCUGGAAAUAAUAACCUAUAGGGUUGGUGGCUAGUCUAUUUCAUCCACCUAUUAAAUGCUAGUUGAAUUAGAGUCUGCUGGAAUGUAUCAUAUAUUGUAUUCAUUGAGAUUGUGAAAGAACAAAUGUUAAGCUAGAGAAUGUUGGACAUUGCCAGGGAGUUCUACCAUAUUGUGCAGAAUUGCUUCAUCCAAAAACCAUCUGAUGUGAAAGACAUAUCCUAGUCCUUUCCCUUAGUGGAUAAUAGACAUGAAAUAACUGUUUUAAAUUCCUUUGUUUUUCUUGAUUUGUAGAUUUGGCUCUAUAACUUCAGGUUCCUAGAAAAAAAGACCUUUAAAAAGUAUUGAGCAAAUGUUUUCAAGGCAUUUGUUAAAUGCUUUAAAUGCAUUAUUCAUUUUAGUUUUCACAACCCUAUGAAACUAGGUACUAUUAUUAUGACCAUUUUGUAAUAGAGGAGGCAAAAGCACAGAGUAAGGUAAAUAACUUAAAGACCACACAGCUCAUUAACUUUUCAAAUUGAUAAUGCAGUUAUGAUACUUAUCAAACCAAGUGCAUUUUCCCAUGAAUAUGUCUGUUGCUACAGUAGCAUCAAGCCUGAAAAAUUGUGUUGCUUUGGCAUUUCAUCAACAUCUCAUGCUCUUCACACUGACUUUGAAUAUUGUUCCUGAUGAGGAAAUACCUUCAUAGAAUUUAGCACAGUUCCUCUUGCUGUUGCUAACAGUCAAAAAUAUUAGAACUAAGAUGGAUAAAUUUGGAAGUGCUUUUUACUUGUGAAAACAUUUUGGUUAUGAAGAUACGGUGCCAGAAAAGAGUCGAGAUAUCUAACACAACACCAGCGUUUCACAGGCAACGACACAGGCCCAGCUGGUGGGAGUAACUAGAAUAGGAUCACAUAGGAACCCAUCCAGGACCAGAGUCCACAUCUUUUGUUAACUCAUUAGUUUGGUUAGAGUUGGUAAAGACCACAUACCAGCCAAAGUCUGUAUAAGGAAAAAAUUAAUGAGAAUAUUCAUAAAUGAGGGUUUCUUUUAUACUACUGUUGUAAAGGAUGAUUGUUGGCUAAUUUAAAGACAGUAUUAUUUGUGUUGGAGAAUGGUAGCAGCACUAGGCCUGCUGCAGUAUCGCCCUGAUUCGCAACCCUGGCAGCACUUUAAAAAUUACUUGGGGAGCUUUAAAGAGAAAUACCCAGGCCAACCCCUAGAUACUCUGAUUCUUUGCAUCAAGAUCAAAAGGUUUCCAGCUUAUUCUAGUAUACAGGCAAGGUUAAAGACCAUUGCAGUAUAACGUGUACCUCCAAAACAUGAGAUGCAGGAUUUGUUCAGAUGUGUCACAUUAUUAGUAUUCUUUUGUGUGACGUUAGUGAUUGGGCUAUUGGUUCUUAGCUUGGUAAGUUUAUCUUUAAAGAUGUACAGUCAAUUUUCUGUUAUUCCUUGCCUCCUUGCUCACUCUUAGAUUUACGUUGUAAAGUCACUAAAAUUUAAUACUGAAAUUUUAGGAUUUUUCAGAUUUUAAUACUUUUGAAAUCUGGAUGAGACUUAAAAUUGAUGCCAGUGAAGUGAGGCAGCCACCAGGUAAGUAGUAAAUUGUGACAUGUAGGAAUAUAUCCCUUUGUAGAAAACAUCUACGUGCAUUGCUAGAACUGUCAAUUUUUGAAUUAGAGCUUUAAUUGCUGCUUAAAGCGUCUUCAAAUAAAACUGUAAUGCAUCGUUGAAACAGUUCAUGUUUUCACAGGCAAUUUAUUGGGAGCAUGGAUUCAUUUAUCCUUUCAAAUAAGUGCCAGGCAGCAUGCUAGUGAUUGUAGCACUUUGAAAGUUAGGAAAGGUCACAGAACAGGUCAUAGAAUUUUCUAAGCUGAGAGAAAUCAGUGUGAUAAACUCAUAUGUCAUGAAGCACUGUCAUUCAUUCAAGGGCCAAUAUAGAAACUUCCAAUUGACUUUCAGAAGAACUUGUUUAACUUCUAACUAUUCAUAACUCAGGUAGGGAAAAGAAAACUAUAAGUAGAGUCAAAUGGAAUGCAGGCAAAAUCCUGGUGUUAUUUUGUAUGUCUUAAAAUUUUUGAAAAUUCUAAAGAGAUUAGGAAAAUAAAUGUGAUGCUCUCUGUUACUGUCAUUGGGUCAGAGUGAUUCAGAAUUCUUUAGACUCUUAAUGAAUAAAAGAGGGCUUAGGGAAUUUAGAGGUUUUCAUUUUAUAUCAAGGCAGAUGAAGCAAUUUUUCUCCUCUGUUAGCUAGCAAAAUCAGUAUUAGUAAAAUCAAGUCAGCAGUUCUAGAGUUUGUGCUAGAAAAGAUGUUCUAGUGGUGAAAUUGAGAAAUUUUUAGUUGGUUUAACUUACAGGUUUUGUAAAUUUAUAAAUUAGGUAAUUUUUUUGUAUGUCAUAUGUGUAAAUUCACCUUCAUAAUCGAUUAUACCGAAAUCUGUUAAAGGGUUACCACCUUAGCUUCCUUACCUGAUUGAAUUAUGAUCACGUUUGUGAGCCUAAUCUCACUAAUUUAAAAUGCCUUUACAAGGAUGAGAGGACUUUUAGAAAGUUGAGACAAGAAAGCUGAAACCCCUUUCUAGCUCUUAACGUGACACUGAAAGAUUAAAAAUCACAGGACAUUGAAUAUGCUCUUAUAAUGCUCUUGGCACUUUUUUUUCCAAGAUAUUUAGGGAACUUCAGUUAGAAGAGUUUAUUACUUGGUUCUGGCAUUGUUUAUCACUAGAUUGUUUGAUAUCUUAGGGAAAGUAUUUUCUCUGCAUUAUCAUAUAUGUGGGAGAUCUGAUGUUUUCUUUAAAUGAUUGUUUCCAGUGCUUUGGAAAACUUACAGUCCUUAAAUCCAGAGGAUGUUGGGAAGAUGAAUGCAGAGGGGUUGGGGUUUUAAACAGAAUAAUACAUGAUCUGCCUCUGCUAAAAAGUAACAGAAUAAUUCAUCUUACUUUUAUUUUGUAAGAGUCCAUGUCUUAAAAUUUUUUCUAUUUAGUAUAAACUUUUUCAGUUUUCUACUACAGACAUAAAGGUAACAUUUUGGUAUGUUUUAAAAAGGCUGAUGCUUCCUAACCAGCUACUGAUCAAGGAACCCGGCUAGGGGUUUUGAGACAUGAAUAUAAGCAUUCCAUUAAAUACUAAUUUUGAGAGGCAAAUGCUGGCCACAUUUCCUGGAUCAAUUCUUCCUGCCUUGGGGAGGUACUCCACGAAUCUGAUAAUGGUACAUAUUGUUUGUUUUUGUAAAUUACUUAGGCCAACACUGGGUCCAAGUUGUCCUUACAAAUGAAAAUUGUAAAUACUUUAUGUACUUUCAGUUACAUCACUGUUCCAUUUAAUACAUGUUUGCAGACACUCGGCUUUAUCUCUGAGACACUCUCGGCUUUAUCUCUGAGACACUCUUUUUAUUUGUAAAGUUUUUAUUAAUAUAUAAAUAUCCUUUAAUUCCAGCUUAGCACAAAUUUUGCCUAUAUAGACAAAUCUCUACAAACACAUGUAACACAUUUUAUUUAGAAACACAUUUAAAAGUAGAUAUCAAAUUUAAAAGGAAUACUUGCUCAAAAUCAUAAAAAAUAGUAAAGUUCCUUUUAAACAGGUAAUAUUUUCCCUACAAUUUGCUUUCAUUGAAAUAUAUUAUCUUUUUUACAUACUAGGUAGAAGCAACUUAACAACACAGAAUAGUUAGCUACAGUAUGUUCAGAAUAUUGAGAAAUGCAGAUUUAUAGAUGUGACCAUCAAUUUUAUUGUUAUGUUUUAAAAUACUCACUGGUCCAGCUGCAGCACACACUAACUGACUUGGUUUUACAUUUUAGGGCUGAAACCCUGAGGAACCUGCAGAGUAACUGUUUAGCACUGAGCAGAGUUCAGUUUGCAUGUGCUCCCACAGUUGAAAACUAAACCAAACCAAUCGAAAACCAAAAAUCCCAGUAUCUUUUAAUUUUUGAGUAUUUACUUGUAAUCACAGGCUUUCCCAAAUUAUUAGAAUGCCUUGUACCUUGGCUAUUUUACUAGAAUAAUGAUUUAGGCUAUUUAAUAUAAUCAUUUUGUUCAGAAUUUGGUAUAAACAGAUCUUUUUUGCUUUUCAGAAAUUACUAAGCUCUGUCGGUGCCACAGCUGAUGCCUCUUCAGUUCCAGAGGCUUCUUCUGGUGUCUGUAGCUCUUGACAGUGGUACUUCACCUUCAGUGGUUUGCCAGGGUACCAGACCACGUGAAUAUGACAGGGAAUCAUUUCCUGGGAAAUAAGAGUUCUAAAAUAUUAUGAUCUGCAAAAACUUGUGGUUUAAACAGUUCUAUAUACCGUUUUGUUUUACCUGUGUUGAGAAUUCAUGGAGUAGAACAGUAUAAUCAAAAUCAAUUGCAUCUUCAUUUGUUUUCUAGAAGAAGAAAGAAAGAGUUAGUGCGAUAGAUAGUGUGGGUUUAUAUUAGCUUAGAAUUUGGAAGGCUCAUCUUGUAUCACCUGCCUUGAAUGGGUGGAUGGGUGCCUUGAAUCACCUGCCGCCUCUUUGAUUCUAGCCUCAUCUCCUUUGGUGGUAUCCUGCAUUAAGAUGUGGAAGUUGUUGAUUCUUACUGUUUUGCCACUGUCAUGAUAAUCUAGUAAGGUCCUUCUGUCACUUUUUCUCUCUAAUGUUUAUGGGUUUUGAUGGAGAUUAAGGUCUAUGAGAAUAGGGAGAAUCUUUUGACAAGCUAAGGAAUCUAGAUACUGUAUAUGCACCUCAAGCUGAUUUAUAGCCCUGAUAUGCCAGGCAGUAAGACAAGGGGCAGGGCAAUCAGGAUUUCUAGAAGGACACCAUGGGCCAGGUUCUCUGCUAGGCACUUUAUACAUGUUCUUAUGGAAUUCUGUCUUUUACAGGGAAGGCAACUUGAGGUUACAACUAGUAGGUGACAAGUGGGGAUUCAAACCCAGAUCUACUGACUCCACCACGCACAUGCUUCAUGCGGUACCACACUGCUUCUAAAACCAGCACAUUUUAUAGGAUUUAAUCCAAGUUGUCAGAGAACUAGAAUGCGAAUGGGCCAAGCUUCUGAAUUCGAGAAACGCCAAGGUGCAGUAUCCCACCUCCGGGUUUUUCAGAACACUUAGUCUCAGUAAUGGAUGGGACACAGAUGCAGCCAGAAAUGGAGACCACAGGUCCUCCAUGCUGACGCGGGCCUGUCACAGUCUCCGGGCAAAUGAGUGAACUGAGAGAGAGACAGUGGGGCAGGAAGCGCUGUGGUGGUCAGAUGUCAAGCUUAAUACCCCAGUGCAAGUCCAGAGAUGACUUCUGUGGUUUUGGAGAUUGGAUUUGCCGGUAAGUGCCAAGUGUCAGCUGCUGUCCACAGACCCUGCUGAGUGCCAGCGCAAAUGGGCUCUGCUUCACUUCAGCUGAGUCACUUCAGAGGCAGGGCUCAUUUCUUAUAAGAGACGGCACCACCGCCCAUUAGCUCUGGACCUAAAAUGAGAUCAGCUUGACUUCCCUGCAGUCUCCCAGCAAGGCCCCGAGACAGCUCGCCUGGCCCUGGUGCAGAAGGCCAUGAUGCACACGACAGAGGCCCUGGAUGGGGUCCCGUCACCUAAAGUUUCCAAAGCCACCACCAGAAACCUCUAGAAUUUUUCUCCUCAGCUUCUGGACUCAACCCUGAGAACUGCACCCCUACGUGUGGGUCCUGUUGCAACGACCUCCACCUCUUCUCCCUGGAGUCCGGCUCUUGCCCAGCCCUGCGUCUGGGAUGAGAAGUGGGCAGAUUAAAGGGGCACAGAUAGUUUUCAGUGGAGUCACUAUAUUGUACUCGAGGGGGAAAACAGGAAAAGGAUACUUGUGAAUUUUGUUCAGAUAAUCAGGUGUACCACAUUCUGUAGUUGAAUUAAAUUGCCAUUUGGGG